CCCCAGCGGGCCCCGGAGCUGGGCAUUAAGUGCCUAUUGGUGGGUGACGGGGUGGCGGGCGGCCCCACCAUCAGCUGUACCUGCGGGGGUAGCCAGCCUGCCAUGGACCCGCUGCGCUGGCCCCCGGAGGCCUUGGUGGAUGGGGGACCCAGCCGGACGGGGGGACUUUGACCCUCGGAUCCCAGAGCCUUCUCGGCCUGCUCCCGUGCCGUGCAGCCGGGCUCCUUCCACGGCACCACAGAGCGAUGGCUGCCCGAGAUCGGAACCCCCAGCCCCAGGCCCGGUUUGCUAGUGGGCCCGAGGCCGGACCAGCGGGACCCGGGCUCACUAAAUGCUUCUGCGCUGUUUGGGCCCCGGCGGCGGGAGGGGAGCAGGGGGCUGGGGAGGCUCCAAAUGCCCCUCCCCCGCCCCUCGGGGACAGCUAAUUAAGGCGGCUCCCGGAUGCAUUCGCGGCCAGAAAUCACGGACCUCGACGGUCGCGAGAGAAGCGGAGCGUCCCUGCCUAGGGAGCGUCACUUCCGGGCUUGACGUUUCGGGAAGAAGGGCACAAACUGGGGGUUUCCUCUGGAGACCCCCCCUCCCCUGGAUGGAAAGCAGUCCGAUACGUGUUAAGCACAGGAGAGACGGGUUAGACCCGGCACAUGCGCGAACAUGUCUGUACAGUUAUCGCUGCACAAGAAAAUCAGAUCCAGCUGGUAAAAAUGAGAAUCAAGAAACAAAAAGAGCGGAAAUGGAGGUUGUGAAUCGGCCGCGGUUCCCGAGUCCUCUCUGGGCGUCCCAGAAGGCCCCCACAAGUCGCGCCGGCUUUUCUCGCGCCCAGAGAGGACUGUAUAGAUAUGGAGGCACAUAUCGGACACGUUUUUAGCAUGUUUAACGCGUGUUGCAUCGCUUGCCAUCUGGGAGGAGGGGGAACUGGAACGCGAGGUUUUGCAAGGGUCGGUGUUGAAAAAUCAUCCGUGCAUAUGUUUUGAAAAUUAAAAGCUUCAAUUAAAAAAAAUAAAAUUAAAAAGGGCAGGUCGGUGAGGUGAAAAACUCUCUCCUAUAGUCCUGGGAGAAUUGUCGUGCCCCAAAGGACCGCGAGGGGGAGCCGGCAGAUAAGAACGGGUUGGGGAGUGCAGCGCCCCCGGGUGGGCGGGCGCUUCCAGGAGCAGACCACGCCCCCGUAUGGGCGGGCGCUUCCAGGAGCAGACCACGCCCCCGUAUGGGCGGGCGCUUCCAGGAGCAGGCCACGCCCCCGUUGUGCGAGCCGCUCCUCCGUGUGACCAGCACGCACUUGGCGCCUGCGUACUUCGGACAUCUAGAAUGGGGACCGUCUGGAGAUCGUUAUCGCCCCUUAGGAUGGUCGGGGUGUCUUCUCUGCGGGCUAUUAGCUCCAGCCUACCUGUGUUCCCAAAGCAAGUUAAAAUUGUGGAGGUUGGCCCCCGAGAUGGUCUGCAAAAUGAAAAGAAUAUUCUACCUGCUCAUUUGAAAAUCAGGCUGAUCGACAUGCUGUCUGAGGCGGGACUCCCUGUCAUCGAGGCCACCAGCUUCGUGUCCCCCAAGUGGGUGCCCCAGAUGGCAGAUCAUACGGAAGUCCUGAUGGGCAUUAAGAAGUUUCCUGGCAUCCACUACCCAGUCCUGACCCCCAAUCUCCAAGGCUUCCAGGCAGCGGUCGCUGCAGGGGCCAAAGAAGUGGCCAUCUUUGGGGCUGCCUCAGAGCUCUUCACCAAGAAGAACAUCAACUGCUCCAUCGACGAGAGCUUGGAGAAGUUUGAGAAAGUCCUGAGUGCGGCCAAAGGCUCCGGCAUCCGGGUGCGAGGGUACGUGUCCUGCGUGCUUGGAUGCCCGUAUGAAGGGAAAAUCUCCCCAGCCAAAGUAGCUGAGGUGGCUAAGAAGCUGUACUCAAUGGGCUGCUUUGAGAUCUCCCUGGGUGACACCAUUGGUGUAGGCACAGUGGUUGGCAUGAAGGACAUGCUGUCUGCUGUCAUGAAGGAGGUGCCGGUGAGUGCCCUGGCCGUCCAUUGCCACGAUACCUAUGGACAAGCCCUCAGCAACAUCCUGAUGGCUCUUCAGAUGGGAGUGACUGUGGUGGAUUCGUCAGUGGCUGGGCUUGGGGGUUGUCCAUAUGCCAAAGGUGCAUCCGGAAAUGUGGCAACAGAAGACCUUCUGUAUAUGCUGAAUGGACUGGGGAUUGAGACAUUUCAGAUUCUGUCCCUCCAGUCCCUCUCCCAUACACGAAGAAGGCAAUAUUUAUUGUACUCAUUAUAUUUGUGAAGUUGUAUAAAGCAUUUCUACAUUAUUAACCAUGUUCUUGAGAGGGGGAAAAACCAAGAAAAAGAAAAAAUUAUGUUUCACUCCUUAAACUUGAGUCCUUCAGUUCUUUGUCUGGAGAUGGAUAUCAUUUUUCAUUAUGAGUCCUUUAGCAUUCUGGUAGAUCAUUGUAUUAAACCAAGUAGCUACCUUUCACAAUUGAUUAACUUUACUGCAACAAUUGUUGUUAGAAUUUUCUUCUGGUUCUGCUCACUUUCCUUUCUAUCAAUUCAUACAAGUCUAAC